AUGAAGGACGUCGUGGAGUCAUCCUCGCAAUCCUCGCAAUCUGCCACCAGCGACAAGACUGUCGCUCGAACGCGCAAAACACACAAAAAGUCCCGGUCUGGCUGCCGCAAUUGCAAGCUUCGCCGAAUCAAAUGUGACGAGAAGAGACCCAUGUGCGGCAAAUGCACCGACUUUGGUGUGACAUGCAACUACAACACCAGCAUUCCUGAUCUCCAGCCAUGCUCUGGCGCUGCAGAUGGCGUCAGCCCCGAUUCGACGCUGGACAAGUUCUCUUUGUCAGCAAACGAGCACGUCCUGAAUAUGGUCAACAUUUACCUGGAUGCAGAUGUGGGUAGUCCUUCCGAGAGCUUCAAGGCCUUGGGUUUCAAGGAAAUGGACCGGCUGAACCGGUUUCAAUCAAGGACGAUUCUUAGUGUUGGGAACAAAGCGACAGCCCGGUAUUUUCGAAAGGAAAUGAUGCACCUGGCCUGUAAUCAUCGCUUUCUCAUGCAUUUGGUCCAAUCCAUGACUGCUCAACACGACCGAUACCUGGCGGGUAAGGCCAUUUCCGGUCAGAGUGAGGACGAAAAUUACCACAUGAGCCAGGGCAUAAAUGGUGUCCAAACCAGACUUUCUCACCCCAUCAGACCUGAAGAUCGAGAUGCUUUGUUCAUCGCGGCAUCAUUACUGGGCGUAAUGACAUUCUUCGCCAUCGAAGCCAAGUCUAUUGAGCAUGUCUGGCCACUUGCCGAUGGUGACUUGUCAUGGGUGAGUCUCAGCGACGGCAAAAAGGUCGUAUGGAGAGCCACGAAUCCCCUGCGGCGUGACAGUGUUUGGCGACCGGUUGCCGAAAUGUACGAACGCGAUUUCGGGUCACGGGAAAAAGGCCCGGCGUGUGUCCUGUCGGUCUUCGAUCAUCUCUGCAGCGAGAGAGAAGGAUCAAUAGCAGCACUGACCAAUCCAUAUCACAAGACCGCACAAUAUCUCAUUUCGCUGCUUGACCUGGAAUUGACCGACUCGACCUGGAUCCGAUUCCUGGCCUUCAUAUGCCACGUGGAUCCUCCCUGGAAAGAACUUCUCGGGGCAAGAGACCCGUGGGCAUUGCUGAUGCUCGCGUAUUGGUUUAUGAAGAUUUGUCGUGGGGCUUGGUGGGCAUCGACGCGAGCCAUUGUUCAGGGUCUGGCUAUCUGCGUAUAUCUGGAGCGAUACUAUGCGGAUGAUGCACUUUUGCAAAUGGCUAUACCGCUGCCCAAGCAGGAAUUUGAGGCUGCCCAGAGAGAAGGAUUUGGAGGGUUCGACCAUAUUUGUGAUUCCGGCCAUAUAUCUUGA